AUGAAGUUAACGUUUGGCGUGCUCUCUGUGUCCGUUGCUUUGACUGGGGCGAUAAGCUUCGUGUUCCUGGUGGUAGCAAUUGGGACAGAUUUCUGGUACAUUAUCGAUGCCUCCAAACUGCAAACCUCCUCCAAUUCGUCCGACCACCUCAGUUCCCAUUCUGGGCUUUGGAGAACCUGCAAAUUUGAAAGCAAAUGUUUUCACUUAAUUAAUCCGUUCUGGCAAGGAGACACAAACUUCACAGCCUCGCAAAGACAACUGCUAAAUAUGCAUGGAACAUUUGUAGUUCUACUUCCACUCAGUCUCAUCUUGAUGAUUUUUGGAGGAAUGACCGGAUUUAUUAGCAUUUUAGCACGAGCCUAUGCGUUACUGUUGUUGACUGGAACUCUUUUCCUAUUUGGAGCUCUGGUAACUCUUGGCGGAGUCAGUGUGUAUAUCGGAUAUUCAGCUGCAGCAUUUAAAGCAGCUGUUUGUCUUUCUGGAAAGAAGAUUCUGGAAGAUAUUAACAUCAGGUUUGGAUGGUCUUUAGCUCUGGCAUGGAUCUCAUUCGUUGCUGAGGUCUUUACAGGUGUUGCAUUCAUAAUAGCUGCCAAAUUGACGAGUAUGAGAAGGAGACAGGAAGAAGCAACAUGA